AUGUUGUUUCUCCUGUUUUUUUCAGUGCCAAUCGUAGUUGGACAAGGGGAAGAAAAAGAAUACGGUGAGUUUUGAGGCAAAUUUUGAAUUUUUACAAUUUUUUAUAUUGCGCCGCACUUAGGAUACUUCCUUUAUAACGACAAUUAUUUCAUUUAUCACAACUUUCAGUUGUGAUCAAUCCCGCUCCAAAUGUCAGCAGAGUCUCCUUGAUUAACAGUAGUGAACGUGAAGUGCAAAUGUCCGACAAAGGUGUUGCCUUCAGUUGGCUCGAAGACGAGUAUCCGGCAUUGGCCUUCGAACACACAUACUGGAAUGAAAAUCAGGAGAAGAUCGCUGGCUUGUUGGACGAAAUGUUCACUGCGUUGGAGUAUGUCAGUCCCGCCGAACGGCUGGGGAAGUGUGUGGAUCGGACCGGAUUGCUGAUCAAGGUAGGCUUGGAGAUUGCAGGCGGUGUUGGAGAGGGGGUGUAAUAUUUUACAACCAAUACAAUGGGGGACCUGAUCGAGUGGCAAAAAACCAAAAAACGUACCAUUUUGCAUCCAGGAAGCAUCAAAAAAUGUGACAAAAUACCUCCCUCUCCAAGUGAAAAAGCUCCGAUUUCAAAAGCGCGCCCGCUCUUUUUGUGAGGGUCCCUUCAAAACGAAGUUUUUUCACUUGGAGAGGGAAGCAUUUUGCCAUAUUUUUGAUACUUCCCGGAUGCAAAACCAUACGUUUUUUGCCACUGGAUCAGGUCCCCCCACUUUUGGACGUCUUUUCAGUACGUCGGCUUCUGUUUCCUCAGCCGCGAGUCUUUUGGAAUUCUGGCCAAGACCACUACAGUCUUCGGACAUUUCGAUUACGUCCGAGUAUGUGGAGAAAACAACAUGUCAACGCUGUUUGCGCUGGAGAAAGAGAAUGGCGUUUACAAUGUGUACACGGAGAUGUGUUUUGUCACCAACCGGACGUAUAACGGAUACAACGAGCAGAAUUGGCCAACUUCAAACGGCCUCAAAUGCGCUGCAGGAAACAUGACUUUUAAUAUAUCCGAAGUAAUUUAUAAGAAUGGCAUCUAUACCACGCGUGAAGAUACUUUUUACCAAACAACUACGGACAACGAAUGCUAUUUGAAAGUGGAGUAUAUAGACAACUUGAAUGCAGUUUACUUGGAAUUUGGAACUGUAACGGACGUUGAGGAAAAUUUGAAGGUGAGAAGGAGUUAGUAAAAUUAACGACUCCAAUUUUUCAGAUAUUUGAAAUAUGCCCGUUCUACACGUUGGAAGAUGUGGACUUGCCGAAGAAGAAGAGCAUCGUUUACAUUGAGAGAUGCAACAACGAUGACUAUUGCAAUAUCGACUUGUCGCGCAAGGCCAUGAAAACGUUUGUAAGUUUGGAAAAAUGCACGGAGUUGUCCAGUAGCGGUCCAGUGGCAAAAAACGUACAAUUUGUAACCGGGAAGUGCUAACGUAAGGAAUGUGGCGGAAUACUUCCCUUUCCAAGGGAAAAACUCCUUUUAAACGCGAUCUUUUGGUGAGAGAAAAGGCGCGCCUUUCAAAGCGGAGUUUUUUUGCUGGAGAUGGAGGCAUUUUGUCACAUUUUUCUUUCCGAAUGCAAAAUGGUACGCUUUUUGUCACUGGAUCACUGUAACACCAAAUUCGCCAAGUGUUGAUAAGAAAUUUGGAGAUUUUUGUUUGAGAUUUGCAGUUUUUCUCAAGCCGCUUCCCAGUCUUGACUUUUUCUUUUCAUUUAGAGCUUCUGCGCAGCCGGCUCCUCAAACGGCAUCCACUGCCACGUACUCUACGAUGUUCAUCGCAAAAACUUGCUUCGUUCUGAUGUUUCCCUCAACACUUCCGGGCUGAAUCUCGAUGGAAUUACAGAGAUUGUUGGGAAAUACACUCUCGACGCAUGCAGUCAGGACUAUCGGAAGAUUGAAGGACCAUUCUAUGCGUUCACCGUGCAGUGUGAGGGCAGAGAGUGUGACCGAGAGCUGGUCAAGAGUGUGGAGGAGAAAUUCGAAAAGAGAAGCAAGUUGAUGUGCAUGCGGACAAAGGAAGGCAUUUCUGUAAAUGAGGCCGACAAGUUUUCGAAUAUGACUCGGUUCUUCGUGUUUGCCAAUGAAGGUAGGUUCAAGGCAGAAUAGAAAGUGCUGAGAUGGCAUUGUGAUGACAUUCAAACUUGAAAGCAAAGAAAAUUGAAGAAUUUUAGUGUCCCUAAAAACAACGCUUUUUGAAAUUUCUUUUUCUUUUUGGCCUUUGAUGAGGGAAAAGAUCUGCGCCCUUGAUGGCUAAAAAUUUCAAAAUCCUCAAAGAAAAUUUGAACCCAUGUCCUGUGGGGGACCUGAUCCAGUGGCAAAAAACGUACCAUUUUGCAUCCGGGAAGUAUCAAAAAUGUGGCAAAAUGCUUCCCUCUCCAAGUAAAAAACUGUGAUUUUUCAAAACAAAGUUUUUUUUCACUUUCAGAGGGAAGCAUUUUGCCACAUUUCUAAUGCUUCCCGGAUGCAAAACGGUAUGUUUUUUGCCACUGGACCGGGUAUUUCACUGUAUGUCCUACGCACAUUCAAAAAAUCAUAACUUCGAAUUUCAGGUCAAGUUUGCACUCUUCAACGCAUCAACAAUACAAUUGUAGCUGACGUCAAAAACAAAACGAAGGUAAGACGCUAAUUUUGGAAGCCGUGGAAUCCCGAUUUUUUAGUCCGGGCAAAGCCCUUGUCCCACUGUUUCCGGCAACUCCUAUUGCCCGCAAAUUUGCUAUAAACCGGCAAGCUUUGCGGAUUUAUCCGACGUUGUGAGCGCAGAAGUUUUGAGACUUUUGAAAUGUGCCCCAAGGGAUCCGGAUCCGAUCAUUGCAAUGAAUUACCUGCUCAGGAAACGGUAUUGUCUGUCGAACACACCUACAAUCACUGAAGUGGAAAUCAUUCCCGAUGGGUGAGUUUGGCUCUGUUUUAUGUGUUGAUUGGGGACUUGUGAUAUCCUUGGCUGAAAUUGCAGAAGGACUAGGGACCAGUUUGCCUUAGGCAGAAGAGGAAUCUUAUUGUUAGGUCCAACUAAAAACGGUUGGGUCGCAAGAGCAGAGAAUCGGAGGAUUUUUUAAAAAUUUUGCAUUUUUCGUCGGACAUAGGCCUGUUACCAAGCCCUCAAAACUUUAGCUCGUGCUCAAAAGAAGCAGCCGAGAUAUUCAACGAGCUUGACAGGAGAGAUAGUACGUAAAAGGUGAAGAAUGAUUUCUGUGCGUGCCUUUACAAGAAGAAUGAUUUCUGGGCGUGCUUUUACUGGUUCUGGCUUCAGAAGAAAUGAAGUUUUUAUGGAGAAACGAUUUGUAUACGGUACGAAAAGCAUGAAAACUUUGGUGUGAAAAUUCGCUUUUUGCCAACUUCAGAAAUCUUGUAUAUGUCACGGAAAAAAUGGAUUUUUUGCGAGGUUUCAUCGAAAUCUGAGCGCCACAGUUCUAACACCUCUCGGAAGCAUUAAAACAUCUCAUUUUUUCGUGUAAGGCAGAUGGCUUUGUGGAAUUUUCAAUUGAGUAUCUCCAAACUUGUUUUUCUUUAAGACUUACGCUAUUCGGCUGAAUAUUGCGGCUUCAGUUGUAAGUGCAGGCUAAAAUUAUAACAUUUCUGCUGUGCCAGUCAACGUAGGAAAGCAAUGUGAAAAAAUUGGACACUACUUAUCGUUCACGUUUUUUCAGGGAUCCCGACGACAACACAUGGACUACUUGUGAUGAUAAAUGCUUCGCAAUGCACGAAGCAAAACGGGACAAUGUAAGCGGAUCAACUUUAAGUUUCAGUUUACAUUCUAUAAGCAUUUUUUAAUACUCUAAGUUUCAGUGGAUGUUCGGCUGUGCGUCGGAUUACGAGUUUGUGAAACACUUGUGCUCUACAGAUUCGGCCGACUUCCCAAAGUGCUUCUACGUUCCGGAACACAAGGAUACUAUACGAGGUACAGCGCGGUCUGUUGCUGCGAUUCGUUGUCGCAAAAGAACCGCCUUGACAGUUGCGAGAAGGCGUUGA